AUGAAGAGGAUGACACACGCCGUGGAUCUCUAUGAGAUCCUGUCUCUGCCGUUUGCAGGGUCUUCGUCGACAGUCCUCUCCAAGCAGCAGAUCAAGAUCGCAUACCACAAAGCAUUGCUGAAACACCACCCUGACAAGGCGGGUGCUGUCGCAAGAGAUACUGGGCUAGGCGGCUCGACUAACUCUACAUCCAUAUCUACUCCGAACUCUCUCUUUGCCAAAUCUAAUGGCAACUUGUCGCGACAAUUUUAUUCCAUCGAUCAGAUCACCACCGCCUACAAGACCCUAUCGGACCCCGCCCUCCGCGCCGAAUACGACCGCUCUAUGCGUUUGGACAGACUGAGGAUUGCAGAACGGGAGAAGACCGGCGAUGUGUUCCAUACCGGCUUGGAGAUUGUGGAUUUGGAGGAUCUUGCCUGUGAGGAGGUUGAAGGCGGCGACGGCGACUGCUGGUACCGCGGAUGUCGUUGCGGUGAUGAGCGCGGGUUUUUGGUCAACGAAGAGGAUUUAGAGAGGGAAGCUGAGCAUGGCGAGAUCAUUAUCGGUUGUCGCGGGUGCAGUCUCUGGUUGAAGAUUCUGUUCGCCGUUGAGGCAGAUGAGGGAUGA